AUGGGUGGAGACGCCCCAUUGCGAGCUCCAAGCUCGCUCCCUCGAAGCCCCGAACAUCCCGUCGGCCAACGCAUCAAUAAAAUCUACACAGAUCGACUGCGCCAGUUCACAGACUCAGGCCAGUACCGUGAGCAAAGCCUCAUCUCCAAGCUCCACGAAGCCACCACCUCCGACGAAGACCAUGUCAAGCUGUCCGUCUACUCUCCCCCGGACCUGCAGCGUCCAACAUUCGAGGAGGCGACAUCGCACGAGUUCACGCCCACGCAUAUCGGCGCCUCGUUCGGCCCUAGCUGGUCGACGCACUGGUUCCGGAUUCGGCUGACGGUCCCGCGGGAUAUGCUCGACAAGGAGCGGUUGGAGUUCCAUUGGGAUGCAAAUAACGAGGGCUUGGUGUGGAUGGAGGAUGGUCGGCCGGUCCAGGGGUUGACUGGUGGCGGGGAGCGGAUCGAAUGGGUUAUUCCUGAUGCGUGGCGCGACGGCAAGGAACAUACGUUUUACAUCGAGAUGGCGUGCAAUGCUAUGUUUGGGAAUGCGCCUGGCGGCGAUUCGAUCCAGCCGCCUGCGCCGGAUAAGUACUACACGCUGCAUACGGCGCGGAUCACUGCGGUCAAUGUGGAGGCGCGGGCGCUGUUUUAUGAUUAUUGGAUCAUCGGCGACGCCGCGAGGGAAUUCCCCGGUGACUCUUGGGAGUCUCAUGAAGCGAAUAUGGUUGCCAACGCCAUCAUAGAUGCUUUCAUAGCGGCUAACGGAAGCCAAGAGUCGAUCAAGGAAGCGCGCAAAAUCGCUCAGAAGUAUCUUGGAGACAAGGUCGACUCGUCCGAGGUCUAUGAGACAGACGCCCAGCCCAUCGUCUACGCCAUCGGGCACUGCCAUAUCGACACCUGUUGGCUCUGGCCUUGGGCUGAGACAAAGCGCAAGGUCGCUCGCUCUUGGUCCAACCAGUGUGACCUGAUGGACCGGUACCCAGAGCACCGAUUCGCUUGCUCUCAGGCGCAACAGUUCAAGUGGCUCGAGCAAUAUUACCCUUCGGUCUUUGACCGCGUCAAACGAUGGGUCAGGAAGGGCCAUUUCCAGCCGAUUGGUGGCAGCUGGGUUGAGCACGACACCAACAUGCCCAGCGGUGAGUCGCUGGUGCGACAAUUCCUUUACGGCCAAAGGUUCUUUGAGAGCCGCUUUGGCGAGCGUUGCAGCACCUUUUGGCUGCCGGAUACCUUUGGCUACUCCAGUCAAAUCCCUCAGAUUUGCCGGAUGGCGGGUAUGAACCGCUUCUUUACCCAGAAACUCAGCUGGAACAAUAUCAACAAUUUCCCGCACACUACCUUCCAGUGGGUUGCGCUUGAUGGCAGCCAGGUAAUGUGCCACAUGGCUCCGUCCGAGACGUACACCGCGAGUGCACAUUUUGGCGACGUCAGACGCAGCGUGACCCAGCACAAAUCGAUGGACCAGGACAACACUUCGCUUCUGGUAUUCGGAAAAGGAGAUGGUGGCGGUGGCCCUACCUUUGAACAUCUGGAGAAGCUGCGCCGCUGCCGGGGUCUCAGUGACAAGGUUGGCUUGCUUCCGCGCGUGAAGAUGGGCGACUCGGUCGAUGAUUUCUUCGCGAGGCUUGAGCAAAAGGUUGCAAAUGGAACAGAGUUUGUCACCUGGUAUGGCGAGCUCUACUUCGAACUGCACCGGGGCACAUACACUACGCAGGCGAACAACAAGCGGAACAACCGCAAGUCUGAAUUCCUACUGCGCGAUUUAGAGUAUCUGGCGACCCUCGCGUCCCUCACCAAGACGAAUGGCGAGUACAAAUAUCCAAAGAAAGAUAUUGAUGACAUGUGGGAAGGUGUGCUUCUAUGCCAGUUCCACGAUUGUCUACCCGGAAGCGCCAUCGAGAUGUGCUACGACGAUUCGGACAGGCUGUAUGCGCAGAUUUUUGAGACGGGAGAGCGAGCCAGACAACAAGCUCUCGGAGCGCUUGGAUUUACCGAUAAUAGUACGGACAAGAGUCUCGUCGCCAUCAACACGUUGCCUUGGUCACGCUCGGAGAUUGUCAGAAUACCGGAUGAGUUUGUCGCGUCGAAAGGCUCACGGUAUGCUCUAGCAACCGGAGAUUCUGGCCUCAUCCAAUGUCAGAUUCUAGACGCUAAACAAAGACCCGCCGUGACGGUGUCAGAGACACGGCCGGGUGUUUUUCGUCUGGACAAUGGCAAGUUGAGGGUGGAUGUCCAGGAUGGCGUUAUUACUUCUUUGUAUGACCUCGAAGCCGAGCGAGAAGUCAUCGCCAAGGGAGGCAAGGCGGGCCAGCUCGUCAUCUUUGACGACAAGCCGCUCUACUGGCAAGCCUGGGACGUGGAAGUAUACCAUCUCGAAUCGAGAAAAGAGCUGCAGUCGGGAAAAACCUCGAUCGCAGAAGAAGGCCCGCACCGUGUCAGCGUGGUCACCAAAGCCCAAAUCAGCGACAAGAGCUGGGUCAAGACGACCAUCAGCCUGGCGGCGGCAGUGAAUGACCAGCCCUCAUACGUUGAGCUGGAGAGCGAAGUCGAGUGGCAGGAGACCAUGAAGUUCCUAAAGGUCGAAUUCCCUGUAGACAUCACGAACACAGAGGCAUCCUACGAGACUCAAUACGGGAUCACUCGACGACCGACGCAUUACAACACAAGCUGGGAUAUGGCCAAAUUCGAAGUCUGCUGCCACAAAUGGGCCGACUUGUCCGAGUACGGGUACGGCGUCUCGAUCCUCAACGACUCCAAAUACGGUUUCGCAACCUGCGGUAACCUGAUGCGUCUGUCGCUUCUGCGUGCCCCCAAGGCCCCGGACGCCCAUGCCGACAUGGGCCGCCAUCACAUCCGCUACGCCAUUCUCCCGCACUCUGGAGCCCUGGACGCCCGCACCGUCCGCGCGGGUUACAACUUCAACAGUCCCCUUAUCCUUCGCCGUUCGUCGGGCAUGGAAGCUGCUAACGUGUUCAAAUCCAUCACUGUCACCGGCUCACCGUCUCUCAUCCUUGACGUGGUCAAGCGCGGAGAGGACGAUGAAGAUGUUUCUGGGGGCGAUUUGCCCAAGCGGUCCGGGAAGAGCAUCAUCCUUCGCAUCUAUGAGUCGCUGGGCGGUAGAUCGAGAGGGACAAUCCACGCCAAGUUCCCGGUCAAGGAGGCUUGGAAGUGCAAUGUACUUGAAGACAAUGAGGAGCGCUUGGAAAUUCGCAAGGGCGAGGAGGGCGUCGGAGUCAAGAUUGAGCUGCGGGCUUUUGAGGUUGCCACCUACCGCUUGCAGCUGUAG